AUGACGACCUCUUCCGCUGUCGGGAAUCUUGGGCAUUCUAACCUGUUGGAGCUGGAACGUUGGCUAUUUGCCAAGACUUGGAACGACAGCAAAAAUGGGGAAUGCAACCUGAGAUCACAACAUGGGCAGAAAAUAGGGACUGGCGGCAAAGGCGAGGACAGGCCGACUGGAAAUGAGAGCCAAGCUAGUGAUGAUAUGCAACAAAGAUGUGAUGAGAACUCCAACCUAGUCGCUCUCACGGAACACGACAACCCUAAGAUCGUUGACGGCACUUGGAACAAUCAAUGUGCGGGAGCCCGUGGCCGCGGGGAUAGCGACGCUAGGAUCAGACUGGAAAGUUGCGUAGGAACCAAACUUCGCCAGGGCCGAGCUAUGACGAUAGGCGGGGUCUUUGGGGAUAGUGGGCCGGGCGUAGAGGAGGACCCGUCAGGGAGCAGAGGAUACAGUAGAUUCAUCUGCAGCAUCACCAAAAUGGAAACUGCUGCUGCGCAAAUUAUCGUCGUGCCACGUCUUGGAGAUCAGCGCGGCGUGCCUUACAAGAGCAUUGUAGCGGGAAAGGUUCCCAAUAUGAGAGCGUACCCAUUCCUGGUGCCAAAAAUGUUUCUUCACCAACAUAGGACAAAUGGCCCCGCAGUGACGAGCAUUUAG